CCAGACGAGCCCUCGUGGACGCCGGAAGACACAAUCGACCUGGUGGGGAUCCUGGCCGAUCACGGCGUGAACCUCGUCGACGUCUUGUCUGGCGGCACCGACUAUCGCCAGAAAAUCGGGGUGCUCGACAGUGCUUACCAGGCCCAUCUCGCAGAAGCCGCCAAGAAAGCGGUCGGGGAUCGUAUACUUGUCGCCACAGUGGGCGGUAUAACCGAUGGUGCCAUCGCCGAAGACUUUCUCCGGAAGGGUGAAACCGCCUAUGUCGUC